UUGUUUCAUCCGCGGAAAAGUUUACGUUGGUCUAGAUUGUUUUUGAUUCAGUUCGUCGUGGAAAUCGGAAAGAAGUGGACGUACGUCAUGUCUGUCGCAUACAAACUUGGUGAUUUAGUUUGGGCGAAAAUGAAGGGGUUCAGCCCUUGGCCUGGCCGGGUUGCAGUGCCGACUCCCGAGUUGAAGCCCCUGAAGAAGGCUACAAAUAUCCAGUGCAUUUAUUUCUUCGGGACUAAUAACUAUGCCUGGAUCGAGGAGCACAACAUCAAGCCGUACCACGAGCACAAAGAGCAGUUGAUCAAGUCCAGCAAGACCGCCGCUUUUAAAGAGGCUGUGGCCCAGAUCGAGGAAUACAUCGAGCACCCGGAGAAAUUCGGAGACUUGGACGAACAUGUCCGCAACCCUGAGGAGGACUUCGACAAGUUGAAGAGCGAGGGCACCGAAGAGGAGAAUACCUCCGAUGAGAAGCCGGCGGAGGAGGAGGCCGCCACGCCCGAGGUGAAGAAAAAGAGCUCCACGCCCAAGAUUCGUUUGGGCAUUUCAAAGGUGAAGUCGGCGAAGCGCUCGUCGUCCGCCAGCAUCAAGGCGACGCCGCGCAAGAAGGCCAAGCCGCUGUCGCGCUCCUUCACCGACUGCGACCUGGCCAACGAGAAGCCGUCCAUGCUGAACCACUCCUUCUCCAAGAAGUCCAGCCUUCUGCAUCGCCCCUCCAACAUACUGAGGCCUGAAACCCCACCGCUGGACCUGGAGAACGUGUCGGAGACGCUGCUGGAGAAGAACAUCAAGGCCAGCCAGAUGAAGUUCGGCUUCCUCGGGCUCGGCAUCAUGGGCGGCGGCAUCGUGAAGAACCUGCUCAACUCCGGACACAAGGUGCUCGUGUGGAACCGCACCGGCGCCAAGUGCAAAGACUUCGAGAAGGUGGGCGCCACGAUAGCGGUGACGCCGUGCGACGUGGUGGAGGAGGCGGACAUCACCUUCUCUUGCGUGGCGGACCCUCAGGCUGCGAAAGAGAUGGUGUUCGGCAAUUGCGGCGUGCUGCACUGCCCGUCGCUGGAGGGCAAGGGCUACGUGGAGAUGACGUCCAUCGACGCCGACACGUCGCACGACAUCGUGGAGGCCAUCAGCGGCAAGGGCGGCCGCUACCUCGAGGCGCAGAUCCAAGGCUCCAAGACGCAGGCGGAGGAGGGCACGCUCAUCAUCCUGGCGGCCGGCGACCGCACGCUGUUCGACGACUGCCAGUCGUGCUUCAAGGCGAUGAGCAAGAACUCCUUCUACCUAGGUAGCGAGAUUGGCAACGCGUCGAAGAUGAACUCGGUGCUACAGGUGGUCGGCGGCGUGUCGCUGGCCGCCUUGGCCGAGGGUCUGGCGCUGGCAGACCGCGCCGGGCUGAGCCAGGCCGACCUGCUGGACGUGCUGGCGCUGACGCCGCUCGCGUCGCCGCACCUCAUACUGAAGGGGCGAGCAAUGAUCGAGUCGUCGUACUCGACGCACCAGCCGCUGACGCACAUGCAGAAGGACCUGAAGCUGGCGCUGGGGCUGGGCGACGCGCUGGAGCAGUCGCUGCCGCUCACCGCCACCACCAACGAGAUCUUCAAGCACGCCAAACGCCUCGGCUACGCCAACCACGACGUGGCCGCCGUCUACAUACGCGCCAGGUUCUAACACCCUCGGAACUGUUCACUGUGUCUGAGAUCGCAGUAUAUAGGACCUUCACUGAGCUGGUCAUUGGAUGAAAUAGUAAAUUACUGCUGCGGCAUUGAUGGACGAACGUGUGAAUGUGGGCCGAGGCGAAGCCGAGGUAACAUAGGACGUAAGUCCAUCAAUGCCUAGUUGCGGCCAAGGCUUAUAUAGUACUUUUCUCAAAUAAUGCGCGGAAAAUUAAAUUAUACUACAACCUUUCUCGAUGAGUAUUGUUUAUCAACAAACAAAUUAAAAAUAAGGGUAUAAAUCACUAGUCAUUUCACACCUAAUAACAAUUAUAAUUAACUUAGUCUUAAAUUUAUGAAAAUAAAUUUGAUCAACAAGCCUAAAACAAUUAUAGAUAUGGUUAAUAAAUUUUAAAUAACAUUUUAUAAACAAACCAUACAUUAUCCUCCUCCGUGAGUCGUAUUCCUCAUGUGUGAGGGUCGUGACCACCUCCAUCUCUAAUCCUUGUCUUUAGGAUGGUAUGCCAUUCUUUCCUAUCUCCGGCUACGUGAAGAGCAUCGUAAACUGUGGACUCGAGUAGUGCGGACCUGGUCGGACCAACGCAUCGGGCUGCGCCCCCGCGAUCUUUUUCCUUCCACCUUGCCAGUAAUUACUAAUUUUUCCAGAUUAUCUCCGUCUUUCCUGGCAAUAUGUCCGAAGUACUCUAAAAUACGCUUGAGGCAUAUGGUGGAGAGUCUAAUUUUAACCUUGAGUUGGGCAAGUAUAGAUGCGUUAGUCCGAAAUGCAGUCCAUGGAAUCCGGAGCAUUUUCCUCCAACACCACAUCUCGAAAGCGUCAAUCCUUUUGCGGUCUGCAGAUUUUAAGGUCCACGUCUCAGCCCCAUAGAGAAAGAUGGAAAAGACGAGUGUGCGAACGAGUUUUAUUUUAGUUCUCAGCGAGAUGUUACGGUCUUUCCAAGUUUUAUGUAGCUGAGACAUGGCACUCUUGGCCAUCCCAAUCCUUCUUCGUACGUCCAGUUCACAGGAGCCAUACAUUAUAUAAAAUGAAUAAGUUAUGAAAUGUCAUGCGUUUUCUACCUUCAUUUCAAAUUUAUUUGUUGGUAAACAGUACUCAUCAUGAAAGGCUGUAGUAUAAGUAGUACAAUUCAGAAUAAUUUCAUCACACUCAUUGUCUUCACCUCAUUGUCAAAUACAAAAGUAUUUAAAACCAAUGACGAAGUUGACGAACUAGUUGUUCAUAACAAUAGUUUUUUACGCGACAAAGUAUUUUUUUUUUUCACUUAACAGCUUUCCAUGCGCAAGUCAUGUCGCCAUGUUGUGGAGACAAAUAUGAUGUUACAUAGUAAUUAAUUUGGCCGCUAAAUACGACAGAUAUGGAUUUUCAUACAACUAAAUUGCCGGCCGCUGCUCGACCAGUACAGCCAGUUCGAUUUAUCUCGAAAAAGGUUGUCAAAAUAAUGCUCAAAUUUCCAAGCAUAUUUGAGAAAAGAAAAUAACCAGCUUGGUGAAGGUCGUCAAAUAUAUUGGGAUCUCAGACCGUCAAUGCAGAAUAGUGCUACUGUGCCGACUUGGGAGUUCUAAUAAUGGGGCAUGUUAUAUCUGUGUUUGUCUCAGACCAAUUAUUCUACAGGACCUGCCUCGCUAAAUGUUACUUUUCUGUCAAAGUACAUGAUCAACGAUCUAAUGCGAUUUUUAAAAAUGGCUUUAUAGAAUCUAUAUUUCAGUUGUAAUCGUGUUCGUCGGUUAAAGAGCGCCGUAAAAAUACCUUUUUGUGUAGUCGAAUGGUGUAUAAAACAGGCAAAAACUUCUAGUUUAGUAAGAUAUAUACCAAAUCCGAGCUCGUUUUCCUCAGAAAAUUUCGUUUCUGAAUAUGGGUGCGGUACAGGUCCUUCUAUAAUUGGUCUGAGAAGCGUGUGUGUCUUAUCAUCGGUGUAACGCGGCACAACAACUGACAACUACGGCAAUGACGUAACUAUGCCAUCAGAGGACCGUUGGAGAUAAAUAGACAGUGUUAGAAAUACAGAAUGUUAAUUACUUCAAGACUGGGAGCUUUUCUUCCGUGAGUCCAUGGCAUUUUGCCACACUAUACCUAAAGGUACGCCACUUAUAGGGUUAUUAGUUGGUAUGCCACGCAAAAUACAUCUUUAAAAAUGUGUAAUUUUAAUCAACUCUAACCUAAACAGCCUAUUAUUUUACAUGUUUCAUAUUAUAUUGGUUUUAUUGCUAUUAAUAGUUGAAUAUUUGCAAAGGUAGAUUUUUUCAUAAAAACUUGUGAUUUGUGUUUUUAAAAUUUUGAUUUUAACCAAAAAAUGUUUGCAAAACACUGAUAGAAUUUAUUGAAUAUUCGUCCAGUUAUUAUAGGCGGAAAAACUAAACUGAUUUAAAGGUUGAAAGUAUUUUAACCAAAAAGACUAAAAGGUUUUUGUUUAGAAGUCUCAGGUCAGUUUUCCUACACAUUUGCUAAGUUUUAAUUUAGAUAUGACGGUCAGUGUUAGUUCUGCCAUGAUGUUCAUUGUUACCUCUGACACGAUGGUCAGUGUUACUUCUGACAUAAUGUUCAUUGUUACCUCUGGCACAAUGGUUGAUGUUAAUUCUGACAUGGUGUUAAGUGCUAAUGCUGACAUGAUGUUCAGUGUUAACUCUGGCAUGAUGGUCAGUGUUAAUUCUGACAUGAAGUUCAGUCUAACAUCUAAUAUGAUGGUCAGUGUUAACUCUGACAUCAUGGUCAAUGUUAAUUCUGAUAUAAUAAUGGUCAGUGUUAAGUGCUACAUACUCGUAUAGGUCAAUAUUAUAAUAUAAGAUCAGUGUUACUCUGAUGUAUUAUUACUCAGUAGUAUCUCUAACGUUGAUCUAUUUUAACACUGUCAUUGGCCAGUAUUUAUUUUGAUGUAUAUCAUCUAAAUCUGACUCAUUUAACUUAUAGAUCAAGUGACUUAUGAAAAAGUGUCUUAUGACCUUGAUUUAAUUGUUGAAUACGCUUAAUAGAUCUAACAGUGUGGAGUAUUUUAUUUGACGUUGAAAUUAAGUACGCAUUAAACGUAAUGUGUGACGUCAUAGUAUUUUAAAUUACUAUAGAUUAUGAACCAAUGUUUCCUCUGACACGAUGGUCAGUGUUAAUUCUGACAUGAUGUUCAUUGUUACCUCUGACAAGAUGAUCAGUGUUAAUUCUGAGAUAUUAUUUGACGUAGAAAUUAAGUACGCAUUAAAAGUAAUGUGUGACGUCAUACUAUUUUAAAUGACUAUAGAAUAUGAACCAUUGUCUUGGGAUGUUUCAGGUUUCAGUCUUAUUGAAUCUUUGAGGUAUUGCCGCUUAAAUAAAUGCCUCAUAUUUUGUGAGAUUAGUAGUACCUGUCACAAUAUGGGAAAUAUUUUUACAAUCGAAAUAGCAUAUGGGACUUGCUAUUUUGACAUAGUACCAUGUGCUAUUAAUUAAACACUAUUAAUUAUUUUAUGUGGUAAUACAAAAUCUGUUAAUACUUUCUUAUAAAAUUAUGAUAUCCAAACUGAUUUUAAGUUUAUUUUCUUCGAGUCUAAUCAGAAUGAAAUUAAGUCGAAUUAGUUUAUUUCUCAUAGCUUAAGUAUAAAUAUUUUGAAAUGUCAAAAUUUUUGUUAUUUAGUGCCCAAAGGAUCCUUUAUGGUUUAACAUUACAUCAAACUACCGUACCGCAGAGAAAUCUUAUAAUAAUUUUCUAUAAAAUCAUAAUGUUCAAAUUGAUUUUUUUUUAAAGAUAAAUCAAAAUCAAGUUUAGUUUAAACUUUAGUACAAACACUUGAAAUGUCAGUGUCUUAGACGGACCGAUGGUGUCUUCGUAGUAUAAAAUCACAAAAAGCUAAGUAAGGCGAUGCAGAUUUUAAUAUGUUAUUUUUAUUUUUCAUACAGCAAUAACAACAACAAUUGAACAAUUUUGAGUUUAAGUUGUUAAGGUGUAUUUGCCCUGUUAUUAGAAUUUUCCUGAAUGGAUGGAUGAAUGUUGAGUUUUAGUAAAAUAAGCUAUUGAUAAAUAAGUAAUAUGUUAAAUUAAAUUUAAUAAAUCGAUUUAAAUAUUUUAA